UUCCUGGUUUCCCAUGAUGCACUGCGUGUCAGUGACGCGAUCCACACGCUGCGCUUCUCCGUGUUUGUCCGGGUCAGGACUGUCACCGUGUCUAUAUCAUUAACCCCUCACUGAUUAGCGGAGGCCUUACGCGCUCUCUACAUUCACUUAUCUCCCGGUAAACGCGCGGCUGUAGCUCGGUACCGUUAGUAACCCGCGAGAUGUUGUUGUCCGCCGUGCCGAAGCGUUUGCUCAUGCGCAGGUCACGCAGCCUGUCACCCUGUCGCGCGCUCCACACCGAGCCCGGUGGAUCCUCCGCGCGCCGCCACAACCUGCACGAACCUGAAACGCCAGUGAGGAGCAAUCCGGUGAUUUUCGCGUCUCGCGCGUCCAGGAAGUGUACGCUACUGAGGGAGCGCGAGGAAGCGUGUAGCAGCAAUGGUAACCUUCACGCACAGUACAUGCAGCUGGCCAGCAGGUGGCGCACGAGCCUGGAGAGUCGUAGGGGCUCGUGGGCGGCGCUGGUCAGUGCAGGACAUACCGGGACUUACUGGGAGGAGACGGGGGGGCAGAGCACCGGGGGGCAGAGCACCGGGGGGCAGAGCACCGGGGGGCAGAGCACCGGGGGGCAGAGCACCGGGGCCGCGGGGUGGAGAGGAGCAGCUUCAGCAGGAGUACUGUCCACCGCUGCCCUGGCCUUCUGCUUCAACAGAGACAACCACAACAACCCUGGUGAAGCUCUUCUGGAUGCAGCCAGAUCCAACAACGCAGAGGAGGUGAAAAGGUUGCUGGCAGAUGGAGUUGAUCCAAACACUCGUCACCAUCUUGGCUGGACCGCGCUCAUGGUCGCCUCCAUGAACAGACAGCACAAUUUGGUGAAGGUUCUGUUGGAGUCCGGUGCUGAUCCGAACCUCGGAGACGACUUCAGCAAUGUUUAUGGAACCGCACGGGAUAAAGGCAUACACUCACUGGAGGUGCUGGUGAUGAGGGAGGAUGAGUUCAGUAAUCGUCUCAGCACUCGGGCCAGUUUCCGUGGUUGCACAUCGCUUCAUUACGCUGUACUCGCUGAUGACCUCCGCACUGUGCGCAUGCUCCUUGAUGCAGGUGCGAACCCCCUGCAGGUGAACGAGCUGGGACACACUCCACUGUCCUAUGCUAAGGAGGGAGAGAUGCGCACAUUGCUGAAGGAGUGUGAGGGAAAGUUUAUGGAAGAACAGAAGCAGAGGGAGGUGGAAGAAAGGAGGAGGUUUCCUCUGGAGCACAGACUAAAGGAGCAUAUUAUCGGCCAGGAGGGGGCCAUCACUACUGUCGCCUCAGCAAUCAGGAGGAAGGAGAAUGGCUGGUAUGAUGAAGAACAUCCACUGGUCUUCCUCUUCCUUGGCUCUUCAGGAAUUGGUAAAACAGAGUUGGCUAAGCAGGUGGCUCGUUACAUGCACAAAGACAUCAAAAAGGGUUUCAUCAGAAUGGACAUGUCUGAGUUCCAGGAGAAACACGAGGUGGCUAAAUUUAUCGGUUCUCCACCGGGGUACGUGGGUCAUGAGGAAGGAGGUCAGCUCACUAAACAGCUGAGGCAGUGUCCGAAUGCUGUGGUGCUCUUCGAUGAGGUGGAUAAAGCACAUCCUGACGUCCUCACCAUCAUGCUGCAGCUCUUUGAUGAGGGACGUCUGACAGACGGGAAAGGAAAAACCAUUGAAUGCAAGGACGCCAUUUUCAUCAUGACCUCCAAUGUGGCAAGCGAUGAAAUUGCCCAGCAUGCACUGCAGCUCAGACAGGAAGCUCGGGAGCAGAGUCGCCACCGUCUGGCAGACAAUCUGGAUGGAGUUCAGCAUAGUGAGAAGAUUACCAUCUCUAAGACGUUUAAAGAGGACGUGAUUCGGCCUAUACUGAAGGCCCAGUUCAGACGCGACGAGUUUCUGGGACGGAUUAACGAAAUUGUUUACUUUCUGCCUUUCUGCCACUCUGAGCUCAUUCAGCUCAUCAACAAAGAGCUCAACUACUGGGCCAAAAAGGCCAAACAGAGGCACGACAUCACCCUGUUGUGGGAGCGAGCUGUGCUAGAGCUGCUGACUCGAGGAUACAACCUCCACUACGGUGCUCGCUCCAUCAAGCAUGAGGUGGAGCGUCGAGUGGUGAACCAAUUAGCUGCAGCGUAUGAGCAGGACCUCCUCCCUAAAGGCUGCACACUCCGCCUCACUGUGGAUGGAGAACUGGGAGACGAGGAGGAAGGACGAGUGAGUCCUUCUCUCCGCCUGGAGCUAGUGGAUAAAGACAGUAAAACACGAAAGCUGGAAAUCCAUCCACCGCUAAACCCAGAGCAGGUGGCGUACGCACACUAACUCGCUCCUAAACACCCCUGCUAACUUCCUGCUAAACACCUGCUAACCUCUUGUUAAACACCAGCUAACUUCCUGCUUAUCUCCUGAGUGGUUCUGCUGUGACGUCAUUACUCCUGGUGAAGGGACUCUUUAUGGGGGGUGCACCAACACCCUGGACAUUAAAUACACUGAUUCUCAAGGUUCUGUUCAGAAGGUCAAAGAACUGCUCCCGUGUUAUCAUUUUUCAAAAAAGAGGAAAUUCUAUACGACUGAUAGAGCACCGAUUCAGCCUUUGGGUUGUUGAUCAGAAGGUUCCAUCCCAACACCGCUGAUCUGUCCUUAACCUUCAUCAUCUGUAUGUUACUGUGGACACAACCACGCACCAAAUAAAUAAAAUGUCAAUAUUAUUUAGGAAUAAAAUAUUUACAACUGAAAAAUCAUAUUUGUGUGUUAAUAAUAUUAAUGUUCAGCCAAUAAAAACACAGUUUUGACUUUCAUUAUAAUCUUUUUUUGUAACUGAUGAUGUAAACAGGUUUUGGUAAAAUAGUAAAAUAUCUCUGUGCUCACAGUUUCAGGACGUGAUAAAAAUAAAGUUCUGGGUUUCCAUCAUGA